AUGGCUUCUUGUAUAUCCACUCCCUCGCCUUCUUCCCGAUUACAACUCACUAAAACAACCUUCAUUGCUGCAACUUCACUCCCUCUCUAUCACAGAAGUAAAUGUGAAUUGAACAGAAGGAGUUUAGCAGUUAGAGGAAUUGUAGCAACUGGAGUUUCAGCUAUGGCUAUGGCUUCCACUCUUACUUCUCAACCUCAACCACCUCAAGAGAAGGGACUUGAAAGAUUAGCAUAUAAAGCUGAAGGGUACAAUUAUUGGAAGUGGAAGGAUCAUAACAUUCACUAUGUUGUACAAGGAGAAGGACCUCCUCUUGUUCUUAUUCAUGGUUUUGGUGCAUCUGCUUUCCACUGGAGAUACAAUAUUCCAGAAUUGGCGAAGAAACACAAGGUUUAUGCCUUAGACUUGCUUGGAUUUGGGUGGAGUGACAAAGCACUCGUCGACUAUGAUGCCAUGGUGUGGAGGGAUCAAGUCACAGACUUCUUGAAGGAAAUCGUAAAAGAACCAGCUGUUUUGGUUGGAAACAGCCUUGGAGGAUUUACUGCUUUGAUUGCAGCAACCGGGUUGCCUGAGUUUGUCAACGGGGUCGUUCUACUGAAUUCUGCAGGACAAUUUGGUGAUGGAAAUAAGGAACGUAAAAACUCCGAGGAAACAACACUACAAAAGUUUUUCCUAAAGCCUUUGAAGGAAGUUUUCCAGCGUGUAGCUCUCGGAUUUAUAUUCUGGCAAUCGAAACAACCCACUCGGAUUAAAUCAGUUUUAAAAAGUGUGUAUGUAAACUCUUCCAAUGUGGAUGAUUAUCUUGUGGAAUCUAUAACAAGGCCAGCUCAAGACCCCAAUGCAGGAGAAGUUUAUUACAGGUUAAUGACGCGCUUCAUGAUGAAUCAGAGCAAGUACACUCUAGAUUCUGUGUUAAGCGAACUCUCUUGCCCGUUGCUUCUGCUAUGGGGUGACCUUGAUCCAUGGGUUGGUCCAGCCAAAGCUAAUAAAAUCAAAGAGUUUUAUCCGAAAACAACUCUCGUUCACUUGCAAGCCGGGCAUUGUCCACACGACGAGACACCCGAGCUUGUUAACACAGCAUUGUUGGACUGGCUCACAACCCUUACUCCUCAAGUCACUCUCCAAACAGUUUGA